ACUAAACUAGUGACUGAUAGACUUGUAAGAGUACCUAGGCGCUAGUCAAACUUUUGAAUAUCUGUCGUGUGAGCGGACCAGCUUUCAGCUUCCAGGGAUUCAACAAACGUGACAAUAUCAACAUGUCUUAUUCCUACUCCAAGAGUUCUUACUCUACCAGUACCGCUAAGAGCAGCAGUCCCAGCCAGGCGAUUGAGGACCCCAAGAAGAAGACUUCUCUGCUAAAGGACAGAAGUUGGAUCAGGAGCAACACAGAUCAGGAAGAAGCAGUCGACCAGGAUCCAAACUUUGGCAGAGUGGUUCUGAACAAAUACCGGUCCAAUGAGGCUCUUGACAGUGCUGAGCCUGCAGACUCAAAAUCCCCUCAAACGACAACCACCAAGACAUUGUCCUCCGUAGAGGCCCUAAAAAAGAGAUUUGGUGGGAGUCAGGAUGAAUUGAGCAAGGGCAGCACUCUGCCAACUUUUGGACGUACUAGCACAGCCUACGCAAAAAGUACCUCACCACCGAAGUCAGAUUCUCUCAAGACAACCACUGUCUCUAAAACAACAGUCACAGAGGAACCUAAGAAAACAAGCACCACAACAACUAUCACCACCAAAGGUGGAACAACUACUGAGACGACCAUCUCCACAAGCCAGAGUGUGAGCAGAUCCCCAGUUGUGAAAUCGCCCACCACCAACACUGAGAGCUUCACCGAUCGGGUCUUCAACUCCAGAAAAGGGACUGAGAAUCAGCUAGUCAGUAGUCUGAAACCAACAUCCGUCAAAACUGAAUACUUGAUCCCAGACAGCACGACAAGUGUCUCCAAAACAGACACUGUGACACAGAACACCACUAAAAAGGAAAGCACUUCUGGAGAUGGCAGGAAGAAACCCCCCACUGCCCCAAAGAGGACUUCCUCAAAGACCGAGGAUGACCUCUUUGAUACUCUCCUGCCGACAACCAUGAACUCUCGCUACUCCUCCCCUACCAGCACUACAACCAUCACCAAUAAAGAAGUUGUCACUGUGGACAGCCCCAAAGGGGAUGUCAAAACUGUGAAAUCUCCGACCUCUACAACUAGGACCAUCACCAGCUCCUACAGUAGGAGUGACGAUGUCUCCUCUACCAGGUCCUCUUCCCACAGCAUCAGCUCCUUGCCAAGUGAGGACUACACCUCAACCAACACCCGUAGAAGCUACUCCAGCAAGCCAGACAGCAGUGAGGACUACACCUCAACCAACACCCGUAGAAGCUACUCCAGCAACCCAGACAACAGUGAGGACUACACCUCAACCAACACCCGUAGAAGCUACUCCAGCAAGCCAGACAGCAGUGUCAGUGUCACCAGCCCCAUGGUCUACACCACGUCUACUACCUACAAGGACAGCAGCCGGGCUGAUGACGAUCUGUUCGAUUCUCUCAUGUCAAAACCCUCCAAGACGGUGUAUUCUACUCCUGAAAGUCCCUCUAGGACUGUUUUGGAGAGAGACCUGUGCUCUUACUGCCGUAAGCCCAUGAGUUCCGACCCCAAGAUGGUGCUGGAGGAUAUGAAGAUCAACUGCCACACUACCUGCUUUAAGUGUGAGGUGUGUAGCAGUGACCUGGGCCAUCUCAAGGCAGGGGACAGUAUGUGGGUCUACAGACGCACCGUGCACUGUGAGCGCUGCUUCGAAGUCACCAGAGAAAAAUGGCAUCGUUGAUCCUCAAGUCCACGCGGAUGAAGACGGGGUCUUUAUUCUAUGGCCGUUUAAAUAGAUUGAAGUUUUGAAUGACAUUUUGGUGACAUGGGUCCUCCUUAUAUAGGUACGGGAAUGUAUGGAUGUUGAAAAAUAGCAUCUUUUUCAGAAUUAGGUAGGAAUUCUUGUGUUUAUAAAAUGGAGAGGAUAUGAAUCUUUUACAUAAAAACUACACUGACAGUUAAUGUUUUCAUACAUGAAUAUACUAUAUGGGAUAUGUAAGCAUGUUUUUUUUUUUAAAUCUCUUUUUACUUUUAGUAACCAAUAAUUAAUUGACUCUGUCUCUGAAUCAUGAUAGGUUAAACUUCCACAGUAAAUGCAUGUAAGCCAAUUUUUUUUUACUUGUCUCAGCCAGCUGUUUGUCUCCAUAAUCAACAUAUUUCACAGGCAUUCAGGCUACCAAAAUAGGCUUACGGUGAGAUAUCCAAAUGGUGCAAUAAUUAGGGCCGGGGGUUGGUUGUGUGUGCAAUACAAAAAUAUUAAGAAUUCUUUAUUAAAAUUUGGACAGAAGUUACACAAAACAGUUUGAUGAUUUCUUUCAAGUACGGUAUUUGUAUGCAUUUUGAGUAAACAUACCGCUCAGUACAAAGCGUUACUCAAUCUAGCAAAUGCUCAAGCGAACUGAACGCACCCCAAUGUAACGCUUCGAACACACCGACUGUGCUGUUGCAUCACAUCACUGCUGCAUAACAUUUUGCGCAGCUUGGCAACUAUACUGAUGCAGGUGCCUUUUGCAGAUGGUCGCAUGCGGUUGGACACAUGGAGGAGAUAAUAAUUUUCGCAGUAUCCUCAAAACCGUGUCUUUUGACACAAAAGCUGACAGCUACAGCGACAUAAACACAAAAAUGCUGCUUGGAGACAAGUGUCCACGAUAGUAGGAUUGCCAGGUCAGUGAGCUUAGUGAGCUUGUGCUAGAUGUGGCUAGUUAGCGUUAGCUAGCUAACCUAGCCAAUGAGGUGUGUGUGUGAAAGAAAUAGUCAAAUAAAUUAUGCUAGUUACUACCCCUGAUAACUUUACCAAAUAAUCAUGUUUGAAAGAGUGUGAGUGUGUAUGCUAGAUAAAUAGUAAUAGAAAUGGUAAAUACUACUUUACCCCUGAUAAUUUGGUCAGAUAACCGUGUGUGUGUGUGUCUAUGUGUACAGUAGGUGACAUGUCCAUGAUUGCUAUCUAAUAACUAUAGUUAUGCUAGGUAAUGGUUUGGCUUAUCAUGUUCAUGUCUAUGUAGAAGAAGACUGUAGGAGGAAAUGGAGAGGACUCAGGGACAGGUAUCAGAGAGAGAGAAGGGCAAAGAAAGAUAAGAAGAGGUCUGGGUCAGCAGCCUUGGGCUUCUGCCACAUUCUUUCUUUUCUGGAUCCAUUUAUUGUGCCGAGGGCAAUGAGUGGCAAUUUUACAGUCAGGCCCUCUACUACGUCUUCCACAAGUGUUGUCGCCACCGGUGGUGCAUCAAGACCCUCAACGUCACCUACAAGUGCAACCAUCGCCUCCACCGGUGCAUCAAGACCCUCAACAUCUACAAGUGCGACCAUCGCCUCCACCGGUGCAGCGAGACCCUCUACAACGUAUGACACGAGUAUGACCACCACCGGUGCAGCCAUGGAAGAUGAAAUGGAGGACGCACCUCUGGAUCUAGGACCACCUGAGAUUAUUAUGAACCUCACGGAAGUGACCACUGAGGACCUCGUUGAACAGGAUGUGGCCGUGGAGAGAAACAGAGAGAGAAACGAAGAGGAACAACGUCACGCCAGGCGUCAUCGGAGGUACCAGCCCCCAGAUCCACUCAACUCAUUUCAGCAGAGGCUCCUCCAAGCCGUCGAUAGGGAUGCAGCCCAACCUGAUGCUCACAGGAAGGAGAGAGACCCUCUUUGCCAUGAGCCUGGUGCCAACCCUGAAGAGGCUGCCUCAGCAAAGAAAAGCAGCAGUCAAGGUUAAAAUGUAUCAGCUGCUUUUCCAAGCCGAGUUCAAUGAGAUGGAGUCAAUUUAGCCGACCAGCUCACAGGAAGAACAGGAAGAUGAGAGGAAGGACAGGAAGAGGACAGGAAGAGGAGAGGAAGGACAGGAAGAGGAGAAGAAGGACAGGAAGAGGAGAGGAAGGACAGGAAGAGGACAGGAAGGACAGGAAGAGGAGAGGAAGGACAGGAAGAGGACAGGAAGGACAGGAAGAGGAGAGGAAGGACAGGAAGAGGAGAGGAAGGACAGGAAGGACAGGAAGAGGAGAGGAAGGACAGGAAGAGGAGAGGAAGGACAGGAAGAGGACAGGAAGGACAGGAAGGACAGGAAGGACAGGAAGAGGAGUUGUCUGGUUGUUGAUUUGACCUCCCUCAUUGUACCUUUCUUUUCACACACGUCAGUUCUGUUUAAAUUCAGUCAAUUCAUAAAGUCAUUUGUUUAUAAAGUCUUAGGAUAGCAUUCAUUAUUAGUGUUACAUAGAUUUCUGAAUUGACAGAAUUGAAACUCAUACACCAAAGAAUUCACAGAUGCUCUUGUUGGUCUCUUACGAGACUAAAGGUGAAUAUAUUUCUUUCAUUUAAAACCACUUGAAAACCAGGGUGUUGAAACUGUUUGUGAAGUUAUGUUCCAUCGACUGGUCCUAUGGGGCCAUUUGUUUGUUUAGCUGCGUUAUGGCUACACAUUAUUUUAUUCUUUACAGACAGAGACACACUUCUCCACUCCUCUCUGUCCCUCAGAUCUCCAGUGCCCUGCCCUCUCUCUUUAUGGCCAUGUCUGAAGUGCCCCUACUACGUCUAGGCUUUAUGAGUUGUCCCUGUAUCGGUCUGCAGUUGUGCCAAAAAUACAUGCUCUUGUUGUUCUUACAAAUUACAGGCUACACAUUCAUUUUAUUUAUUUUUUACACGCACAUACAGACCUCUUUCAAUAGUUCUAUUUUUUUUUAAACAUUUUUACAACACACAUACCUGUCAUGUUCUUUCCUGUACUUGAAUACUUAUUUAAUUAUGUUUUCAUAGUCAGUUGUUUAUUAAUAUCUCAUUUAGACUCAAUCUGCUUAUUUCUUGAUGAAAGUAAAAAACACAUUCUCUUCCUAAUUCAUUUUUUCCCCACCUGAAUUUCGUCAGGCCAGUGAACAUGGUGGUAAACUGUACUAUUUGUAUGGACCCUAGGUUACCCUUUCCCAUCAUACUAACUGUAUGUCUGUUAGAGGAAUUUCAUAAUUCCUUUAUGUGCUCAUUAAUUAAAAUCACUCUGUCUGUUUCUAAGAA